UGUUAUUUUAGUGUUUCCGUGUAUACAUAUAAAAUAGAGGAUAUUAUACGGUCCAUGGUUUCUUAAUGAACAAUGAUUUGUCACUAGUUUGUGACUGUAGACCAUGAUCACCAAGUAAUUACUCGAGAUACACAUAUCUGGCGUAUAGUUCACGUCGUGAGGACAAAACUACAUUUCCUGAUGUGAUUUUGUUCGGAUAAACUUCAACAUUGAACAUUAACUCGGUCAUCUAAAAUGACAUGGAUCUUGUUAAAUUAUAAAGUGUACAACAAGAUGAUAUAAGGAUAUUUUUUUAUUAUUACACAACACAACUGAAAUGGGGAACCAGAUGAGAAAAAAGUUAUCAAAAGAAGACUGCCAAUUUUUAGAAGAGCACACAGAUUUUAAAAAACCCCAUAUUAUGGAUUUUUACAAAGACUUCAUGAAAAUUAAUCCAGAUGGAAAUAUGAAUUUAGAUGAUUUUAAAGAUUUUCUGUAUGGAUUUUACAAGGAUAAGAGUACUAACCUCGCAGAACAUUAUUUUCGUGCUGCAGAUAAAAACAAAAGUGGAAAAAUAAACUUCAAGGAGUUUUUAAUGUUUUUGAACCAUGAGUGUACAUCAAAUCCUGAAGAACGACUCAAUUGGAUGUUUGAUUUAUUUGAUAUUGAUGGCAACGGUACAAUAGAGAGACCAGAAAUGAUCGACAUUUAUAAGAUCGCUUUAGAUGUGAAUGAAAAGAAAUCACCCGGGGAUCCAACUCCAGAUGACAUAGCAGAAAAAAUGUUUGAAUGCUGUGAUAAAAAUAAGGACGACAAGUUAACUAAAGAAGAAUUUAUAACCGCUUUUAUGGAGGACCCUGUGUUAUUUGCAAUAUUUUGUCGAAACACAGAUGAGGCAGAAGACAAUUGAAAUAUAAUCACGUGAUAUAGGUCAUGCGCGUUUUUUAUCUGAACUUGUGCGCAAUAUUGAUUUCAUUAAAGAAAUAUAUUCUUA